UUUAUAACAAAAAGACAUUUUAAAUUUUGCACUUUUUAGUUUCAAACGUAAACGGAUGCAAUUAAUAUCGCUGAUACAAUGACGGAUUCAGGAUGUGGAUUUUUCAUGUCAAAGGCAGGGAUAUUAAAACUAUUGGUUUUAAUAAGUGGAUGUGCAUGCUGGGCAUUAUAUGCUGCAAGUCGACAAUACCGAAGUCCCUCAAUUAAAGUUUAUGCUUUUGCUGCAUAUAUAAUAUCAUGGGCAGUCUCGUUGCUGCUGUAUUUCUUCAAGAUUACAGGUCUCCAUCUGCACAUACAAUCGGAAUGCUUCACUUUCAACACUUUUGAUUAUUUUUGGUCUUGGCUGUCUUGCAUUAAUUACAUCGUAUGUUCUGUCAUCGUUGCAAUUUUCUUUGGAAACGGAGAUCCGCUUUGUGGUGGUAGUGGCAGAUUUUGCUCGUUCGCGAUGCAAUUGACUGCAUGUGUUCUUGGAUUUGUUACAGCAAUCUUAUAUGCUAUUGAAGCUCAAAAUAUGAAAAGUUAUGCUCCUGUUGGCGCAGGUUAUGGUACAACAUGGCGAGGAAUCUGGAAAGCAAUUAUUCUUAUACUGGGCGGUCUAGCGUUUGGGCUUCUUAUUAAAACCGGAUACAGAUGUGGGUCGGACUGCACAAUAGCAAGGACUUUUGUUCUUGUGGCCUGGUGUGUCGCCUGGGGGGUUGCAGCGUUAAUGUACUUGCUUCGACUGAUUACAUGCCCAGCCAGAAUGUCCGCAAAUAGACAAGUUGGAUUUGGCACGUUUGAAUUCUUUUGGUCUGCAUUUGCAUGUUUACUUUACCUUGUUGGAGCUGCUGUAUUGGCAGCAUUUUUGAAUUGUAAGAGAUUCAGAUCUACUGGUUGCAGAGAAAUACUAGCAGCUGAUAUAUGUGGAUGGGUCACUGCAGUAUUGUUUGCAAUCGACGCGUUCUGUUUGCGAGAACACAGGCCGGUGUGGUUUGUGAAUAGAAGAGUACAGAGCAGUGGAGGUGGAAGUAGAACUGUCACAACUACGACAACUGAACGACGAACGAGAUCGUAGACAUUGGAUUUGGAAACUAUGACUGAAAUUGACUCUUAUCUAAUUUUAGAUGUUUGCUAAAACGUAACCUAAUUUAUGUACGUACUAGUAAGUUUACCAAAUUUCAAUACUAAAACAAUACUCUACAUAGGUUUAUUAUUCGCAUUAAAACCGGGUUUUCGAGUUUUGGGGAAAAUAAAUAAUAGCAAAUCAACUAAAUCACAAAUCACUGAAAAGAUAUCUACAUUAGAAUUAGUACGCGUAUGGCGUAAAUACUGGAGUCGUAACCAUAUCAAUCUGUUUAGUUUUUCCUAUUUAGUGCGGAUUGAGAAGUACAAAAUGUUUUAAAGUGUGAUAUGUGUAAUGUGAAAUAGCUUACAAUCAUAAAUAUAGUAACAAACACUCAAAUGUGAGAUGUAUAUGCGAGAACAUAUUCCAGUGCCGUCCGUUAUUAUUUUGUGUAUUAUUUAUUCGAACCAUAUGUUUUUAUCAUUUGAUUCAUCAAUACAUCUUAAUACAUAAGUAAAAUUAAAUUUCGAAUUGCAAGAAUGAUGUUUAAAUAAACUAAAUUAGCUUCAAAUAUUCAAUUAUUACGAUUUCUAGAUAUAGAAAGACAAUGUUUUUGAAUAGGUUUUUUUUUUGUUACCGUUGAGUGAUGUUUGUUGCAUGUGCUUCUCAGUUAUUAUUUUGCAUAGUUGUUACGAUUUCUGUACUAGCCAUAUUCAACAUUCCCACAACUUACUGCAGCAACUCAACCCGAAUUAACAUAUAAAAAUUAUUUUCUAAAUUUACCCGCGACCAACAAAUUGUUUAAAUAUUUUUUGUUGAAUGGUGUAUAUAAAUUUAUGAGUAUUGCCAUUAGAUAUAUUCGCGUUAGAUAGGGAUCCAAAUGUCAUACAUUUUCGAUAAAUUUUACUUUUUACUGUUUAGUUUUAUACAUUCCAAAAUAUGUUUUGGCAAUCCAAUUUCGAGGAUAUUACUCUUUAUUACAAGGGCAUUUAUUAAAGAUAACAGAUAUAUUGUCUUGCGUUUGAAAUUUUCAAUUAAAUACUUAUUUGAUUUCUUCAAAUUUUAUAUCAAAUAUCAUUUUUUACAGCAGCUGUGUAAUUCUAAAGAUUUUUGUGGAAAUAUUUGUUUCAACGAACAGUUGUCAUUGAGAUUGUCGUACGAAUUCUACAAGAGCCAUAUAUAGUACAUGGUUUUAUUAAUAUUCUUCUACUCGUUGUUUAUUUCGUGAAAUAUAAAAUUGUUCUGCAGA